AUGUCCUCGCUGCCCCGCAACCCACGCCCAGGGGCCAACGGCUAUGCGAACGGCUACUCCGCCUCCGCCGGCCGCUACGGCCAGCCCGACGACGACUACAGCAGCGUGCGAAGCUACGGCUCGGACAGGAGCCGCGACCGCCGCCCUGGAGGCUAUGGCGGCUUCGAUGACCAGCCCGACUACCAGGAGCGCCCCCGCGUCGCGCGCCCCACAAGUAUCGAGCGGAGACGAGAAGUAAGGAGAAGCGGGGAGUUCAGCCGCCCUCGAAGCAGAAGCAGGCCGGACAAUGCGCGCGGGGGAAAUGCAAGCAAGCAGAUCGAAGAUGUGUUGGACCACAUACAGAAAGAAUGGACAUUCAUGACGGACGAGAAUUGCACCCCGGUCCAAGUCGCCCUCAAAUUGCUCGACUCUAGCUCUCUCGGCCUCGCUGGCCGUCAGGAAGAGUUCAUGGGCACCAGCGCCGACCUUCAAACCGCACUGAAAGCCAUUGUCAACGAGCACCAUCAGGGCUUCAACAGCUCUAUCGGUACCUUCCACAAGAUCCAGAACAGCUUGCAACAGUCUCAACAGCGUGUGCGAACGUUAAAAGAAUCCUUGGUUUCUGCAAAGGACAAUCUGUCAACCUCGAAGCCGGAGUUGAGGGCUUUCUCCGUCGCGUCGCAGAGCUAUGAUGAGAUGCUGCAGAUACUGGGCUCCAUAGAGCAGCUCCAGCACGUUCCGGAGAGACUGGAGGUUCGGAUAUCCGAGAAGAGAUUCCUCCCUGCGGUAGACGUUCUGCAGGAUGCCCUAAGAUUGAUAAGGAAGUCAGAGAUGGAAAACAUCGGGGCUUUGGGGGAUCUCCGCGUCUACUUGAGCAACCAGGAACACUCCAUGUCGGAUGUUCUCAUCGAAGAACUUCACAACCACCUUUACCUUAAAUCGCCCUACUGCGAGGACCGCUGGAAGGUCCAUGCGCAAAACCAACCUAAAACCGGAGCAGAUGGCACAACAGUCGGAAUCGACUCUGGUCGCAAAGCUCUCUACCAGUUUUUGGACGGUCUGGAUACCUCGGAAGCAUUGGUGGACGACGCAUCACGCAACCCAGAAGCCGACACGUUCCAUUACAUCCAAGUCAUCCUAGAGGCGCUCAACAAAAUGAGCCGCCUCGACAUCGCGAUAGAGUCAGUCAUUCAACGUCUGCCUGUGGAACUCUUCAGGGUCGUUGAAAGGUCAAAUACCGAAGUCGCCCAGAGACACCCAAGUUUGGUCCGUGGGUUCGCCAGCAAAGGAGGUGCAAAGACCAGCAGGUCUUACGAGAGUGACGAGACGCGUGCUACACUGCUGAACGACCUUCUUUGGACACUCUACGCCCGUUUUGAAGCCAUCGCGGAGAGCCACCGCAUAGUUCAUGAUGUCGUCGCGGGCAUUGCGAAGAGAGAUGGCUUGCGGGAUGUUGGAAUGUUGACCAGCACCUUCAGAGAGCUGUGGAAGCUGUAUCAGAGUGAAAUGCGUUCCUUGCUCCAUGAUUACUUGUCUACGGAUGGCGAAUUGGCUUUCCGAUCCGCUCAGGGGGGUGGAUCCAACGACAGUCCCUUCCUGAGGACGCAAAGAGACAAGACUAGAAAAAUGUUCAAACUCUCCGACAUGGAUAUCACGUCCACAACCUUCGCCUCGGAGAGGGACGAUUUGGAACACAUACUCAAAUCUUCUGUUCCCGGUCUUGUGUCUGAUUCAAAGCGCAUUAGCGGAGUAACAACAAAUUCCAACAAUCAGGGGCAGGAUGGCAGUGCCACUGGACACAAGCUCCUCGUGGAGCCCAGCGUUUUCAACAUGGGAAUAUUGCUCCCUCCUUCGCUUGGGUUCCUCAACCGGUUGAAGGAAGUUGUACCUCCCGGAUCUGACGUGGUCACAAGCACACUCACCUCAUUCCUGGAUGACUUCCUCGUCAAUGUUUUCCAUCCGCAGCUGGAUGAGACUCUUAUGGAUCUGUGCGCACAGACGUUCAUGGAAGCCGACACCUUCCAGGAAGAUGCGCAAUGGCAGCUGCAUUCCAAGAAACCCAUUUUCAAGGGCACCACCAAAUUCUUCUCCCUCAUCACAGCCUUCUGCAAAAUGCUUGAUAACCUUCCCCACGACCAAGCCUUCAGCCAGCUCAUCAUCACUCAGAUGGUGUCGUACUAUGACAAGUGCUAUGGCUGGUACAAAACGCUGGUGAUCCGAGCCCAGGAGAAGAAGUUGAAGGCUUCGGCUGCUUUGAGAGAGAAUCAAGAUGUUUCAAAGAGCCUUGCAGCUCUGCUGGAAGCGGAUGAUACGAACCGAGAAGAUCUCCUCAACGAAUCAAUGGAGCUUGUCAUAUCAACGUCGAACUACCAAUCUCUCAAGGAGCCAGACCUGAUCAACGAUCGCAAGAACGUCGCGGCUUUGUGCCUUCUUUACACUAGCAUGAAAUGGCUGGCGAGCAAAGUGCAGAGCCUUCGCCAUAUCAGCGAUCGCGCCACUGAUUCGUCGCGACCCGAUGGAGGUAGGCAACAGCACAGGCGGCGAUGGACUAAUGUAGGCUCAGUGGAGCCACGUGGUGAUGGCAACCCUGUUUUCCUGCCCCUCAACCACGAAACUGCUGUUGCAUUCGAUGGCGUUGUCAACUCGUACCACGAGCUUGCCGCCAUUAUCCUGCAGACGCUGCAUUUGGAGGUCCGAUGCCAUGUCAUGUACCACGUCAACCAGCUCUUCCAAGGUUCAUACCGCCUUGACCAGCUGUUCAAUGAGCCCGAUCCAGAUGUCCUCAGAUUGAAUUCUGAGCUGAGUGAAAUCGACGAGGAAAUCAGCGGGCAGCUUAUGACGCCGCAGCACGAUUACAUCACCCAUGGUUUGGGAGCUCUCGCCGAUACCCUUCUGGUCAAGAACUCCAACAGAAUAGGGCGAAUGAACGAUAACGGCUCCGGGCGUAUGCAGCUGAAUAUCCUCGUCCUGCAGCAAAACCUUAAGAACAUCGAACCCGGAGCGGUGCUGAACAAGGCAACCCAGUACUACACCAUGUUCACGACCGGGCCAGAAUCCAUCGUAGCGGUGGCGAAGGGGUCUAAGGAAAACAAGUGCCCCUUCACCCAUGACGAACUCAAGGUCCUCGUGGAGCUGCACUACAGCGAGGAUUCGGCGAGCGAGCGAAGGGAAACGGCGAUGAAGGCCAAGUCGGGCAUGAACGACUAUCUGCUGCAACUGAGCGAGCACAUGUGGACUGAAUAA